CACCGAAAUCGCCGCGAAUCCCUCCCCAAUCCGGCCGCCAUGUACGGCGACUCCGACGGAUCCAAGGACGCCGGCGCCGGCGCCGGCGCGCCGCCGCCCUCCGACCAGCCCUUCCCCAACCGCGAGCUCACCCUCAGCAGCUACCUCUGCGACAAGCCCACCCUCGCCUCCGCCGCCGCCGCCGAGAACGCAGCAUCCGCCGCCGCAUCAGCCGCAGCCGGCCCAUCCUCCCCGCCCAACCCCGCCGCCGACGCAGCCGCGGAGGCCGCCAAGCUCUGCGUCGAGCGCGACUUCCUCCACCUCUCCGCGCCCAAGCGCGGCGGGGAUCCCCCGGGCCCGGGGGACGACUCCUCCGUCGCCGGCGGCAAGAAGCCGCGCCUCGACUCGCUCCAGCUCUCGCUCUCCCUCGCCUCCGACGGGCAGCCCUCCUCCCACCCCCACCUCCCCUCCGCGGCCCCCGACGGAGAUCUCCGCGCCGCCGCGUCGGCCGGCGCGGCGGCCCCGGCCCCGAGGCGGACCUACAGCGCCACCACGGGCCGCACACGGAGCAUCAACUCCGACGACAUGUCCUACUCCUACUCCAUGUUCUCGCACAACCCGAGCUGCUCCCUCACGCACAACUCCACCGACAUGUACGCCGCGGGGGAGGGCACCAACGGCUCCGUGCACAGCCGCUUCAACUUCCGCCCCGUGGGGGACGGCAGCGUCGCCUUCGCCACCCCGCCCGCCAACCCCGGCUCCUCCUCCUUCUUCCCCACCGAGCUCCCCGCCAAACUCGCCGCCGCAGCUGCCGCCGCCGCCGCCACCACCUUCGACGGCGGCCGCGGCCAACCCUCCCACCCCGACAGGAUCCUGCGGGAGAUCGUCACAGACUCAGUCCCCGCCAUGGCGCACGCGCUGCAGGACCUCCCGAGCGACACCCUCGACGCGGUCCGUGACGCGGCGCGGGCCCUGGUGGACGCCCCGGAGAGGCGGGACGAGCUGGCCGGCCUGCAGCGCCGGCUGGACCGCCGCUCGGACCUCACCGCCGACGCCCUGGCCCGCGCCAACCGCACCCAGCUCGAGGUCCUGACCGCCGUGCGCACCGGCACCGCCGCGUUCGCCGCCGGCAAGGGCCGCGUGCCCAGCGCCGAGCUCGUCGAGAUGUUCCUCAUGACGCGCUGCCGCAACCCCAGCUGCAAGAGCGCGCUCCCCGUCGACGACUGCGAGUGCAAGGUCUGCGCCGCCAAGAAGGGCUUCUGCAGCGCCUGCAUGUGCCCCGUGUGCCACAAGUUCGACUGCGCCGCCAACACCUGCAGCUGGGUCGGCUGCGACGUCUGCGGCCACUGGUGCCACGCCGUCUGCGGCCUUGAGAGGAACCUCAUCAGGCCGGGGCCGACCCUCAAAGGCCCCAUCGGGACCACCGAGAUGCAGUUCCAGUGCCUUGGAUGCAGCCAUGCUUCUGAGAUGUUUGGGUUUGUUAAGGAGGUGUUCAAUUCCUGCGCGGAGAACUGGAACGCCGAGACGCUCGUCAAGGAGCUGGAUUUCGUCAGGAAUAUCUUCGCUGCUAGCGAUGAUUUCGAGGGGAAGGGGCUUCAUUCCAAGGCCGAAGAGGUCCUCAACAUGCUCGGGAAGAAAGUUAUUUCCCUGCUGGAUGCAACAAACAUCAUGCUGCAAUUCUUCAAAUAUGGUGUUACGGACUGCUCUGUUACCGGCAACAAGUCCAAAGGUAUAUUAGCAGCAGCUCAAGCAAGCCAAUCAACGAUUCCCCUUCUAAGUCCAACCAUGACUGCACCAAAAUCCUUCAAUUUCAAUGCCAACAAUUCCAUUCUCGAUACGCAUAUUGAUGCCCUCAAGGGUAGCCCAAAGCCACUCUCUAUUGAACCCCGUUACGGCAAUAGCUCAAAGCCACUUACUAUUGAACCCCGUUACGGCACAAGCUCAAAGCCACUCACUAUUGAACCCCAUUACGGCAGCAGCUCAAAGCCAAUCUCUAUUGAGCCCCAUUUCGCAGCUAGCCCAAAGCCACUCUCUAUUGAAUCCCAUUUCGCUGCCAGCCCAAAGCCGCUCUCUGUUGAACCCCAUUUCAGCAGCACCUCAAAGGAUGACGACGCCUCUACCCUUGAGACCAUCGUGAAGUGCAAGGAAGCCGAAGCAAAACUCUUCCAGAAGCUGGCUGAUGACGCACGGAAGGAAGUCGAUAACUACCGCCAGAUGGUCCGCUCCAGAACUCAGAAGCUGGAGGAGGAGUAUGCCACAAAGCUGGCGAAGCUAUGCUUCCAAGAGACGGAGGAGAAGAGGAGAAAGAAGAUGGAGGAACUGAAGACGCUCGAGAACUCGCACUACGACUACCACAAGAUGAAGUUGCGGAUGCAGACCGAGAUCCAGGGCCUGCUUGAGAGGAUGGAAGCCACAAAGAAGAUGUGGGUAUAGACCCCCGGUAAAAUAUAUACCUCCUGCUGCAACCUGAAGAAUGUCUAAAAAAUACAUCGUUCUCCAUUAGAAUGGUUUCUGAGCGGUUGUUAAUUCCAUCUGUAAUUUGUUUUCUUACAUGUUAACUGUGUUAUAAGUGGAGGGGGCCUAACCUCUCGCUGGCAGAUACAACUUGACAACAACAUUUCAGUUAAUUGCUUGCAAAAAAAGUGUGCCCUGUCGUUGCAAAUA